AAGGGGCGGGGUGAUGAGCGAUAUGACGCAGCGAUCAAAGAAAUCUCAGAAUCUCACAAGAGCCGUCCAUUUCCUGCGUCUUCUCGUCACCAUGAUUGAUGCUAAAGCCGUUACCGCAUUUUUGUGCAAAUGUGUUGGAAACCUGUGGAUCUUCAGUCUUGUUCUCUUCACGUUGGAGCAGCUGAUGGAUGAUGAGUUCAUUUGUCCUUGUGAACGAAUCUACAACAUACUCACCUGCAUUCUUUAUGCUGUAGUCCCUUCCUUCGGCUGCUUCGUCUUUACCUUCUGGUUCGCAGACCUGUCGUCAAACACGGAGGACGGAGGAGGACAGAAGGACUGUAGGUGUAGAAGAGUGAUCUACUCCAUUCUCACGACCCUCGUCUGGCUCUGUCUCUUCUUCCUGGAUGGACGAUACCUGGCCUGUGGACUGACCUACUGGACAGGUGUAGACGCUAAACACGACACCAUGGGGGAUUUAAACUGGUGCAAACCGACCGGAGGGAUAAACAUGCUCCCGUCUGUGGAGUGUCGGGAGAAGACUGUGAAGUGGAUGUCCAUGUCUCACUUUCUAGGUUUAUUACUCGUGCUGCUGAUCAGCGUUACUGGAGCGUUAUCAUACUGCUGCACUCGACUCCGCCCCCACCGCCGCUGCGACUCCUGCCGCGAUCAGCACGAAGGCGUGACUCUGAAAACCCAGAGCAAAGCUGAAGAGCAGGAGGUGGAUGAACCUGUGAGACUGAACUCAUUAAGAGCCAAUGUUCCUCCUGUUAGACUCUGA